GAAGGCGGACCGCGGAACAAAAAAUAAACUUAGAAAUACCGGUACACCAAUAUCGAUGUUUUCGACGAAACUAUGCAGCAUUAAUGGAUUUUCCAGCAGCACUCAUCUCUUUCUAAAAUCUUUUAAACGUGUUCUACCCUCCCUCUCCCAUGGGAAAUGCACAGCCACGAAUACACUUGAAGCACAGUGUAAAUGUAAACCUCAGAAGCAGGUUUGUAAGACUGUACUGAAGCAUUUCGAUGCCCAGUACAGCGAAGAGCUUGGAGAGCAGUGGAGUAGUGCAAGGGAUGUGCUUCUGAAUCCACUCUCAUGGCAGUACGGUGUACUGCUUAAUCGCUUCAGUGACCUUACAAACCUCAAGCAGUGCCUCACAGAGCUUGGAUACACAAACCUCCUUCCACAGACGCAUCCUGAAUCCCCUUACCAAACAGCACCCAUCCCCCUGCAGUGUUUUAUUCACAGAGAUCCAGUGCGGAUUCCUACCCAAAGCCACCACCCCGGCUGGUUAAAACAGUACUACCUCCUAAACGCAGCCUCUCUUCUCCCAGUACUAAGUUUGAAUGUGAAGGAAGGGGAGCGUGUGCUUGACCUUUGUGCGGCUCCUGGGGGGAAAAGUCUGGCUAUAUUACAGACAGCCACUCCUGGGUUCCUGCACUGUAAUGAAGUGGAUCAGCACAGACACGACUGGCUGCUGAAGACUCUCGAGUCCUACGUUCCUCCUACGCUACGACGUCUGCUUUCAGUGACUCGCCUGGACGGCCGGAGCCUUGGGAGCAUGCGGCCAGGGGCUUACGACAAGGUGCUUGUAGAUGCCCCGUGCUCUAAUGACCGGAGUUGGCUUUAUACCCCUGAUACCCUCCAAGGGGAAAUGUGGCUGAAGGAGAGAACUCGACUACCGCUCUUACAGAAGGAACUACUCUGUUCUGCUCUAGCAGCAGUGCGUCCUGGAGGAGUGGUUGUCUACUCUACAUGCACUCUGUCACGAGCUGAGAACCAAUCGGUCGUGGAGGCGGUGCUUGCAUCUCAUCAAGGGGUGGAGCUUCUGGAGCUGGAGCAGCACUUAAUUGGCUCUCUGUCUGAUCGUUUCUGCUUUGCUCGCAUUCAUCCUUCAGUGGGACAGUUAGUGAUCCCAGAAAAGUGUAGAACUUGGGGACCUAUGUACGUUUCUCGAUUAAGGAGAAUAUAUUAAAGCUUUUAUAUUCAGAACCGGCUAUCCAGAUCCUGCUCUUUAAACUUCCCAAUCUAAAAGCAAUAAAUAAAUGAAUGAAGUAUAAAAAAAAAAGUAAUUGCGAGUUUGUAUCUUACAAUUCAAGACUUUAGUAUAGAUUGCGAAAUAUAAAGACAGUUGCAAGAUGAAAAGUCAGAAUAAAAGUCAAAAUUCAGAUUAUAUUGAAUUUAGAUAAUUAAGAUGGAAAUCAGUCAGUGAGUUCUGUCAAUUCUGACUUUUUUUCUCAGAAUUGCAAAAUGUCAAUUGUUAGAAAAGCUCACAGUUACAUUCAUUCAUUCAUUCAUCCAUUCCAUAGGAGAAAUUGCAUUCAAGUCAUCAAUAACGUGAAAUAGUUUUGCAUUUUGAAAUAGCUGUUUCCUAUUUAAAUUUGUUUUAAAAUGCGAUUUAUUCCUGUGUUGGCAAAGCUGAAUUUUCAACAGGCUUUCAUUAGUCUUCAGUGUCACAUGAUCCUUCGGAAGUGAUUCUAAUAUGCUGAUUUGCUAAACAAGAAAGUGUGAAGUUUGAAUUUACAUGCCUCGACAAAGGCAAAACAGCCCAGGUUAGGCAGGAAUGCUAAUCUCUGCCGACCCUCCAGCUGAAGCACCACUUAAUAUGAUCUCUCAGAAGUGAAAGCUGUUUUGAAAUCUCAGAACGCAACACUUGAACAAGGUUUGAGUAAUGAAUGUGGGCUUGGGUCUUUUCUCUUUUGCAUAAGUGUUUUUAAACGUCUCAGCUAAACUGCUUGAGGAGUUUUGCUGUUGUCAGCCUUUGAGGUCAGUGACAAAUUGCAUCUAAUAAAACGUAAGAAUUUCCCUGAAUCAUGGAAGAGCGCACUUUGAAUGUAUACCAUUAAUAUGAUAUAUGAAAAUGAGAUCGCACACACCUUUUAGACGAGGCGUGUACGUUUAAGGAACAAUAUGUAAGUACUGUAGCAGCACCAUCCUGGCCUCAUCAUCUCAAGAGCCAUUAAUGUUAACAGAGAAGCUUGUUUCUGUUAGAUUAAAAUCGCAUAUUUUGUGGUUUAUAUAACUAUAAGCUGCAUUAGAAGAUGUACACUGGGGUUUCAAAAGUGUCGUGAAUGUUCAAUGUUUUGAAAGCAGGCCUCAGCAAGGCUGAAUUUAUUU